AUGUCCGUCACAAACAAAAAGCUGAAUGUUUUAAUGUACGCCGGCACCGGCGCAACCAUAUCCUCGGUCAAACACACCACCUGGUCCCUCCGCCGCUUACUUGGACCCCAUUACGCCGUCCUCACCGUCACCGGCGACCAGAUCUUGAACGAGCCCUGGUCCGCCACCUGCGCUUUGCUCGUCUUUCCCGGCGGAGCAGAUUUGGGAUACUGUCGUACGCUCAACGGUGAAGGUAAUCGGCGUAUAAUGCAAUAUGUCCAGCUUGGUGGGAAAUAUUUGGGUCUGUGUGCGGGGGGUUAUUAUGGGUGUGCGAGGUGUGAGUUUGAGGUUGGGAGGAAGGGGAUGGAGGUUGUUGGGUCGAGGGAGCUAGGUUUCUAUCCUGGGACGUGUAGGGGGUUGGCGUUUGAGGGCUUUGUCUAUCAUUCUGAGGCUGGGACCAGGGCUGCGGAAAUUUCGGUGAACGGUGCUGCGUUUGGGAGCGAGGCAGUGCCGGGACGUUUGAAGGUGUAUUACAAUGGUGGAGGCGUAUUCGUCCAUGCUGAAAAGUACAAGAAUCAAGGGGUCGAGGUGUUGGCGAGCUAUGCGGAGGAUCUUGCUGUUGAGUCUGGGGAAGGGAAAGCUGCGGUGGUGUAUUGCACGAAUCUCAACGCCUCCGAACCAUCCGCACACUAUGACUAUGCAGCGGUUGUGACAGCUUUACGAGAAGACGAGACGAAGCGGACCGACUUCAUGAAGGCAUGCUUGACCAAGCUGGGGCUGCAAGUCAGCCAAGAGACUGAAGCGGUACCUAUCCUCUCCCGUUUACAUCUCUCCUCCUCACAGCCCUCGAAUGUGUCUGAAUUAUUAGCAUCAUGGCAUGAGCAAGGUGUUCUGAGCAAGCGAGACGAUGGUACCGAGACCAUCGAAGGCGAAAACGAUCGUUUCAUUCUCCAUCAAGCAGGACGAUGGGAUAUGAACGACAUACAAGAAGCAUUACCAUCAAAUUCGCCAACAAGCCAAGCACAAGCUGACGACAAGCCUCCGGAUAGUCUCAUCGACUAUAACACCAUCCCCAAACAUCUCGUCGCCCACGAAUCCUCCCUCCCUUCCGGUAAAGAAACACCCCACUUCAACCACCAUGCCUUCUUCUCCAACCUCUCCUCCUACCACAGCCAACAAAAGGAAUCCUCAGGCGACUUCGGGAAAACACUACUCUACGGCGAAGUGGUGACCAGUACCUCCACACUCCUCGAAAAGAACACAACCUGGCUCUCCAACCUCCCCGACGGCUUCACAGCAACCGCCACAACCCAAGUCGCCGGCCGCGGCCGCGGAACAAACGUGUGGGUUUCCCCGCCCGGGAGUCUGAUGUUCUCUACCGUACUACGCCACUCUCUCAGUCUAUCCACGAAGGCGCCGGUGGUGUUCGUACAGUACAUCAUCGCCAUGGCCAUCGUGGCCGGAAUCCAGGGUUACGAGAAAGGAGGAUAUAACCGUAUCCCCGUGAGGCUGAAAUGGCCGAAUGAUAUCUAUGCCCUUGACCCCACGGUGCCGGAGAAGGAUGAGAAGAAGUACGUCAAGAUCGGCGGCAUACUAGUCAACUCCUCCUACGCCGGAGGCGACUACACCCUCGUCUGCGGCAUCGGCCUUAACGUCUCCAACCCCUCGCCCACCACCUCCCUCUCCCUGCUCGCCCAAAAACUCAACCUUCCGCCCUUCACGCUAGAGAGACUUCUCGCCUCCAUCCUCGCCAAUUUCGAAGGUUUAUAUACCCGUUUCUGCCGCACGGGCUGGGAUAAGGAGUUUCAGGGUUUGUACUAUGGGGCUUGGUUGCAUACAGAUCAGAUUGUGGUGUUGGAGACGGAGGGGGGAGCGAGGGCGAGGAUUAAGGGUAUUACGAGUGAUUGGGGACUUUUGGUUGCCGAGGAGGUGGUGGGGGAGGAGGGAAGGGUGACAGGGAAGAGGUUUGCUUUGCAGAGUGACAGUAAUAGUUUUGAUUUUUUCCGGGGGUUGUUGAGGAGGAAGAUGUGA